UCUCGCCGCUGUCGGCGGAAUCGGCCGGCAUCGUCAUGGCCAAUACAGUGGAGCACGAAGACCCGGAAGAGUUCCGCCGCGGCUUUUAGAGUUUGUUCUUACCUACGGGAGCGGCUUCACUCCUCUAUCUACUCUUCAUACUAUUUUCUUUUCAUUCGCAUAGACAUUAGAGAACCAACCGCUUCUCAUAAAACAGCGACAACACGUAUACAUAGUAGAAUAGAACACGUACAUAAAUCUAUUACAUCAUGGCGCCCAAUUCCCGCCUAAUCCUAACCCGCCACGCUCAAGCCGAGCACAACGUAGACCUCGACUACAGCAUCCCGGACGCUCCACUCACGCCAUUAGGCAAGAAACAAGCAGCGUCCCUACCCCGUCUAAUCCCAGACCUGCAACGCGAGGCCGACGUAAUCAUCUCCUCGCCUCUCCGGCGCACCCUACAAACCAGCUAUCUCGGCUACGCCCCCGCCAUCGAGCGUUUAGGCGGGUUAAAGAAAGUCGUCCUCCUCCCCCAAGCACAGGAAUGCAACGAUUUCCCCUGCGACACGGGUUCCUCGCGGGAAGUACUUGAAGCAGAUCCCGAGUUCUCGGUUUUUGACUUGGAGCCGCUGACGGCCGAUUGGACGUCGAAAAAGGGCUUUUGGGUGCCGAGUGAGGAGGCGUUGACGGAGAGGGCGCGGUGGGUGAGGAAGUUUUUGAGGGAUCGACCUGAGGGGAAUAUUGUGCUUGUGGCGCAUGGGGAUAUUUUGAGGAGGAUUACGGCCCGGCCGGGGGAGGGGCCUAGUGAGUACCCCUGGAAGAAUGCCGAGGUGCGCAUCUUUGAGUUUGAUCCGGAGUAUGUGGAUCGUGAGGAGUGCUACUUGUACCAGAAGGAGGAUGUUGCGGCGGCGGGCGGAUAUGGACUUACGAGUACGGAGUUGGAGAUUGAACAGGCCGGAGGGAGGUUGUAGCUCUUGGGAGAAGGGGCUGGCUUGUAGGUUUGGAGCUGGGUGCACCGAUUGAUAGAAUUAGACGAUCCUAGUAAUAGCACUGCUACUGAACGAUAAAAUAGAAUAUUGAUUACUUCAUGGGA